AUUAGCGCUGCGCAGGCGCAGUGCGGCGCGUGUGUGGUGGGGAAACAAGAGGCGGCGUUGGGGUGAGGGCUGUUGCCUCAGGAGAGAGGCUCAGACAGCAGGAGGAGGCGGUCGAGGGAGGCUGGCGGAGGCUCCGCUCCCAGCCAGGCCGGGGCCUGAGGCGUUGGCGUCUCCGGGAAGGGCCCCUGCUUUGGCCCUGGCCCUGGGGCUGCAUGGACGUCCAAGGGGCCCCUCGCCCUCUACGCAGGCCUGGCAGGUAAUUUCAAUGCCCUCUCUGUGGACAUGAACGCUACUGGAAUGCUUGGAUUUACAGCAGCGCCUCCAUUCACUUGCUUUCGUCAGCCCUGUUGCGAGAAGAUGGCAAAAGCGAACAUUACUAGGGAUCUCAUCCACAGACAGCUCAAGGAGAAGGGUGCCCUCAGCUUCGAACGCCAUUAUCAUGUUACAGACCCGUUUAUCCAGCGCCUGGGCUUGGAGGCUGAGCUGCAGGGUCACACAGGCUGUGUCAACUGUCUUGAAUGGAAUGAAAAGGGAACCUUGCUGGCCUCAGGCUCUGAUGACCAGCACACAUUUGUGUGGGAUCCCCUGCAUCAUAAGAAGCUCCUUUCCAUGCACACGGGCCACACAGCAAACAUAUUCUCUGUCAAGUUCUUGCCACAUGCCGAGGAUCGGAUACUCAUUACCGGGGCAGCUGAUUUCAAGGUGCAUGUCCAUGACUUGACUGUGAAAGAAACCAUCCAUAUGUUUGGUGAUCACAAGAACAGGGUCAAGCGCAUUGCCACGGCCCCCAUGUGGCCUAACACCUUCUGGAGUGCAGCAGAGGAUGGGCUCAUCAGACAGUAUGACCUGCGAGAGAACAGCAAGCAUUCAGAAGUUCUUAUUGAUCUGACCGAAUACUGUGGGCAGCUUGUGGAGGCAAAAUGCCUCACUGUCAACCCCCAGGACAACAAUUACCUUGCUGUGGGAGCCAGUGGGCCGUUUGUACGAAUCUAUGAUAUACGCAUGAUUCACAACCACAGGAAAACAAUGAAGCAGAAUCCUACAGCUGGAGUCCAUACGUUCUGUGAUCGUCAGAAGCCUCUCCCUGAUGGUGCAGCUCAGUACUAUGUAGCAGGACAUCUUCCGGUGAAAUUACCAGACUACAACAACCGGUUGAGAGUCCUGGUCGCUACGUAUGUCACCUUCAGCCCUGAUGGCACAGAGCUCUUGGUGAACAUGGGAGGGGAGCAGGUUUACUUGUUUGACCUGACUUAUAAGCAGCGGCCAUACACUUUUCUUCUGCCAAAGAAAUGCCACUCUUCAGGAGAGGUGCAGAAUGGAAAAACAUCGAUGAAUGGCGUGUCAAAUGGCAUCCAUCUCCACAGCAAUGGUUUCAGACUGUCUGAGGGGCGAGCGCAUGUGAGCCCACAAGUGGAACUCCCUCCUUACCUGGAGAAAAUUAAGUUGCAAGCCAACGAGGCGUUUGCUUGUCAGCAGUGGACUCAAGCCAUCCAGCUCUACAGCAAAGCUGUGCAGAAAGCCCCCAACAACGCCAUGCUCUACGGAAACAGAGCUGCUGCCUACAUGAAGCGCAAGUGGGAUGGGGAUCACUACGAUGCUUUGAGGGACUGCUUGAGGGCCAUCUCUCUGAACCCAUGCCACCUGAAGGCUCACUUCCGCUUGGCCCGCUGUCUCUUUGAGCUGAAAUAUGUGGCAGAAGCCCUGGAGUGUCUGGAUGACUUCAAAGGAAAAUUCCCUGAGCAAGCCCACAGCAGCGCCUGUGACGCACUGGAUCGGGAUAUCAAUGCAGCCCUGUUUUCGAAAAGCGAUAAUGCGGAAGACAAGAAAGGGAGCGGCCCCAUCUGGCUGCGAGCGACUGGGCGCAAGGACUCAAUUUCUGAUGACGAGAUGGUGCUGAGAGAGCGCAGCUAUGACUACAAGUUCAGAUACUGCGGCCAUUGCAACACUACCACGGACAUCAAGGAGGCAAACUUUUUUGGCAGCAAUGCGCAGUACAUUGUCAGUGGCUCCGACGAUGGCUCCUUCUUCAUUUGGGAGAAAGAAACGACCAACUUGGUGCGGGUUCUGCAAGGUGACGAGUCUAUAGUCAAUUGCCUGCAGCCUCACCCAAGCUACUGCUUUCUGGCCACCAGCGGCAUUGACCCCGUUGUCCGUCUGUGGAAUCCUCGGCCGGAGAGUGAGACCUUGAAUGGGCGGGUAGUGGAAGACAUGGAAGGGGCUUCACAGGCCAACCAGAGACGAAUGAACGCUGACCCCUUGGAGAUGAUGUUGCUGAACAUGGGCUACCGGAUCACAGGACUGACUGGCAGCGGAGCCGGAGGAGGCUCAGAUGACGAAGACAGCUCUGAGAGGCAGGUCCACUGCCGGACCAGCUAAACCUGAAUCGCCCCUCCUCCCCUUAAUUUUGUUUUUUUGUUCAUUGGUUUGAAGGGAAAUCUAGUUUGCCCCGUUUGGACUCUGUUGAGCGACCGCACCGUCUCCCACUAUGCACAGCGUAGGACGCGCCGCAAGGGCAGGAGUGGCUUUCCUUAAACUGCUGCUGCUGUUUCUCCCCCUUUGCCUCGUCCCUCUUUUGCGCAGCCUGUUGCGUUUUGCCUCCUAGCAGCACCUAGUUUGUGCCGGGAUUUGUUUUUUUUCCACAUUGUCAGUGAGCAAAGUGUAAAAACUGAUUGCCACCCCCUCUCUCCAGUGCUUCCUAGCCAGGAUGGUAGGAGGCCUCGCCUACACAAACGCGGGUUGCAGACAGGAUGUUAAAAACUCAAUAAAAAAAGAAAUGUAAACUAGGGUAGGGUUAUGGAAUGGAGUCUGAUGCAGUGGUCUGUCUCCAAAGCUUGGCUUUGCCUGCUCUGCUCCUAGCUGCCCUCCAUGGGCAUUCCUCUUCCACAAUCUCUGUCUUCCCAAAGGACUUCCGAUGAUGAGCAUUCGCAUCUAAAACCUGGUUGUGAAGAACUGGCCAGAUAAACCCGGGUGGCCUAGUUAACAUGGCGAUGGGGGGGCAAAGAUUUAACUUUCCUGCGAUAUCUAAUAAUUUUAUUUCUUCCACAUGCAGUAAAAGACAGAAAUGGCUGUAACAAUGGAGACUGCCCCGACGCAGGGCUUGGUGGUUUCAUGGACUCAAACUAGUAAAAAGACCUGAUGUUGCUGCUCUUUGGAAA